GUGGACCAGACACCGCGGAAAAUCCAUCGGUCAAACCUAGAGAGAGGGACAUAAAAAUGUUCGUUGUUCCGUUCUUCGGCCUGAUAUCAUUGACAUUGGGAGCUGGUGUUGGCACAGCGUGGGAUGUGUCCCCGGGUCAGCAAGGGUAUACGACGCAUCCAACGUGGCCGAGGGUCGACCUGUCGGCGUUUGAGAUCAGAAGUGUCAGCGGGAUUGGUAAACUGACCAGCCGAGAUGAAGCUUCGGGACAAGCGAACUCCAAACGAGAAGCUAAAGAGGUCGAGGACAUGGAGACCGACUACGUCCCCGAGGUCCUGUUCGACCACCCUGUCUUCAAGGGCAUCUUCAAGAAGCCCAGAAACAAUCCAGACGUCGAAAUGCUGCCGGGACCAUGGGAGAAGUCUAGGAAACCUGAUCGCGUCGGCAGGAAUCGUCAAGCUUGUCCAGAAAGCUUAGAAGAGGACUUGAACUCUGAUGAGGUCGUCAGAGAGAGGCCCAGGGUGCGUCGGGAGGUUGAAGAGCCCUCCCUGGAGAAGGUCACGGGGACGAAGAACGUCAGAGAACCUAGACUCAACUCCCCGGAGUCGUGGUCGAAGCAGCCGUUGGCCGUUGAGUUCCGACAUCGGACGAAUUUGGAGGGCAACUCAGCUGAAGACGAGGAUUCCAGAUUGAUGAGGCACCAGGCCCCGAGAACGGACUUCGUGACGGCGAACAGGAGGAGCUACGAAGGAAGAGAAGCUAGGGAUCUCGCGAUUGGCCGGGGCUACGAAGACGUGCCAUACCGCAAUUCUUUGAGAGACCGCGACCUGGAUGUGGCUUAUUCGAGGGGCUACUACUACCCAGAUCACUUCAGAACGGAGCGGGACUACCUCAUCCGCGGGGUUAACGAUCCGGGCUUCUCAGCUGACAGGUACCGCAUCGAGGAUUACGACAUGUACAGGAACCGACCAACGCCGAAACCUAAGAGGAUCAUCUACUACGCGACUUUGCCGGAAAUUGUUCGCAAGCCGGUGGACACCAGACGCCCUUACGACUUCAGGCCUUACGACACCGUGGGGAGGGCCUCGAUCCCCCCGAUCAGGGAUUCCGCGUACAGACGACUGCCCGGGAUGCUGGACCUCAAGUACCAGUACAGGUAUCCUUACGGGCACGAUUCUUACGACCCUUACGGCAAGCGGACGAACUACUGGGAGCGACCAUAUGCGUCCUACGACAGGCUUGACGACACACGGUACAGGGAGCAGGAUUUGGAUCACGCGAGCUUCAAGGAGGCCCCCAGGAGUGACGAGGGCGUGAGGACUGCUGCCAACUCCGUGGAAGGGAGGUCAACGGACAAGCUACCCUGGCCUGUCCAAGUCGGGACUGAGCUCAAUAUCAAGGAUAAUGAGAGGGUCACUGGGAGGAAGGUCUUCGGACAGCAGGAGGACUACGAGCGCUUCCGCCAGAACUCCAGGAUGGAGAGGGAGGGGAAUGGAGAGGCUACCGAUGCCGGCAAUAAUCGAGAUUAACUUCUAGGUUUUAGUUAAGAUGAUGUUGUAGGGGUCAAUUAUUAGAUAUGUCUAACUUUGAGGCGGAAUUCGGACGCAUGGUGGAGGGUUUCCAAUAAUUGAGAUUUAGCUUCGUCAGCUUGUCGGAGUGGCCUUUUAUGGUGAGAAUGGAAGUCAUGAGGAAAUUCUGUUUCACUUCGCGCGGUAAUGAAUGACUGAACGGAAACAGUAAAAUUUUACGGUUAUUGGAGUGGAGUUUGCAGAUAUUCUCUUGGCGUUCUUUAUCUAUUUAUGAUUUUUUUUUCAUUAGGGAGUAAUUCUAGUGGAUUUUAUACAAUAUUUGUAUUAAACAGUAUUUUUGUGUAUUUAGAACAAUAAAUUCAUUGAAAUAAUUAA